CGGCAUCCCUAUUUCAAAGACAUCAACUGGCUACACAGAUUUUGGUAAUUGAUUUAAAUCAGAGUUUCUAGUUAAAGUUCUUUGAAAAAUAUCUUUACAAAAAUGUGAUAAACGACCGUACUGUCAUCUAUAGAAUCGUGAAAAAUACCUGAUUUCGAAGUAUCAAGAAUGUACAUAAAAUGUAUCAAAAAGUACAUAAUUAAAAUGAUUCGAACAAAAGACAAGUUCAGUUGCACGGAUAACUGAAGUUCAUAAACAUGAAAAUAAAUUGUAGUUGAAUCUUUGAAUUAUGAACAUAAUUCCGUAUAGCGGAGAACGUAUAUCAGUUUCCUUCUUCUAUUGUCAUGGAGAAUCAUUCCUUAAGUUUUUUCCCACCUGUUGCCAAACACCCUGUACACGAAAAGUUAAAGAGGCUUGAUAAAAUAAUUAAUAAGGAUAAAAGAAACAUUUACGUGUGCAGUGCAGAAUCCUCCAAAGUCACGGAGUAAAGUCGAAAGAAUGGAUAAGUGAUUAGAAGUUCACACAAUUAAUUAGGAAGAUUUCAUAUUGAAUUUCUUUUGACAAAGCAACGAUCGCUGAUAGUAGUAUUAACCGUACGAAAAAGGAAAGAAAUAUUUCAGAGAGCGCCACGUGCAAAUUAAUGAAAACACGUCACCGUUACAUUUAACGUAUACAAGAAGAACAUCCGAAAUUCUUUUGCGAACACGAAGUUCAAAUGGAAACUAUAUGAAAAUUGUUCGUCCGAAAAAAUUUCGAAGUUUUCAUGAUGAUAGAAAUUCUAACCUGAAAUUCAAACUUUCUCUAUUUUGAACGAGCAGUAGCAUAGUAUAAAGUAUGAUGUCCAAUGGUGUUCGGGUUUCUACAAACGAAAUUGAACGAAGAUCGAUGUCAAAUAACACAAAGUGUUCAUCAAAAUCGUCAUCAACAUUGAAUUCGCCAUUGAUGAAGUUAUCUUCCUACUUUCUAGCUGUACGACCAUGGUCAUUAAGCGCUUCGUUAAUGCCAACACUUUUGGGAUCUGUACUUGCAUACCGAUUAAUAGGAUUGACAAACUUUAGUUGGAUAUCAUUUGUUCUUACUUUAUAUACAGUGUUUUGCGUGCAUGGAGCUGGUAACGUAGUAAAUACUUUUUUCGAUUACAUAAAAGGAGUGGACAGUAGAAAAAGUGAUGAUAGAAUAUUAGUGGAUCAAAUUUUAUCAAAAGAUGAAUUAGUUUCAUUGGGUGCACUAUUAUAUGCAAUAGGAUGUUUGGGUUUUGUUUUGUUAACCAUUAUAUCUCCUGCAAAAAUGGAGCAUUUAGCUUUGGUGUACUUCGGUGGUUUAUCCUUUUCAUUUCUUUACACAGGAGGCAUAGGGUUUAAAUACAUAGCGUUGGGUGAUGUUCUUAUUUUGGUCAUAUUUGGCCCUAUAUCAGUUCUUUUCGCGUUUAUGGCUCAGACUGGUUAUUUUGAAUUAGGGACAAUAUAUUAUGCUAUACCUCUUGCAUUAAAUACAGAGGCUAUUCUACAUAGUAAUAACACUCGAGAUUUGGAGAGUGAUAAAAAGGCAGGAAUAGUAACUUUAGCCAUAUUAAUAGGUCACACUGUAUCUCACGUUUUGUACGCUUUUUUAUUAUUCACACCGUACGUAACAUUUGUCGUGCUUGCGCUAAGAUAUUCGGUUUGGUUUCUUCUACCAGUCGUUACUCUGCCGACUGCCUUUAAAAUAGAAAAGCAAUUUCGAAGUCCACAUAUGAUUCAAAGCGUGCCUAAACAGACAGCUAAACUAAAUAUGUUUCUGGGCAUUUUGUACGUUAUCGCGUGCUUACUCGUUGAUCCUCUUCCUUACGUGUAAUGUACAUAUAUCUUGUAUCAUUCUUCAAAAGAAAACUUCAUAGUUCAAGCAACUACAUAAGCAGCUGAUUAACCAAUCCAAGGCAUAAUUUUAAGUUUCAAUUGUUCACAAAUGGAUUGUUGUGGAUCAUCUAGUACGCGAAUGUGAGACUGUUUAGAUUUGUUUUUUCUAAUCUAUAAAAAUCUAAUUUAUUUGCCUCUCUUGUGCAAGCAUUAGUAUGUACAUUACAGAAUUUGUUACUCAGUUAGUGUAUUAUACAAUCAAAUUUUUCUAAUACAAUACACAUUUAGAUACAACUUUUCACUAAUGUGAUGAUCCUUCAUAUGUACAAAGUGCCUGCAUUAUUUAGGAUUUGAAUUUGUACUUGUAUUUCUGAUAUGUGUAAUAAGCAUAAUAUUUUGCACCUAAAAUAGGUGUGAACGUAAAUGCGAAUUUCAAACAUAUACUUAUUUAAAUAUGUUUAUAUACAGGAUGGUCUAUACAAUUGUUCCAAGUGAUAACUCCAUUAUUAAUGAAUUUACAAAAAAAUGCCACAGGAAGGUAAAUGCCUCGAAGAACACUACAUCUGUAAGCCCUUAGAUAUUUUUUAAGUGUAUUGCACGUGCAAUUGACAAUUACAUAAUUUCUUUAAAUGGAAA